CGAUUUUCCAAAUUCCCUUCGUUUGUUAUAUAAAAACUCUUCUUCAACCGAUCCAGUCCGGCCAAAUCGAGCCGGUUACAACUCUGGGGCUAGAGUCUCACAUAGCCCGAUUUUUUAAUUUCUCUAUUGGUAAAAUAGAGAACUCAAAUGUCUCAAUUAUAUUUGUGUUCUUUUUUGGUCAUGAUUCGAGAAGUUUUUGGAGAAGAGUUUUUAUAUAACAAACGAAGGGAAUUUUGAAAAUCGGGCUCUGUGAGAAUCUAGUGCCAAGGGUACUCUACAGUAAAAAUAGCCUCGCUAUGUGUACUCGUGUCCUAAUUGUAAAAACCUGGCCCGCUUACAGGGCACUUUUGACUAAUAAAUAGAUGAUAACUCGUGAAUAACUAAUAGAUUUAAGGAGAUAUUUUAACCAUAAUCUACUCUAGUGAAGACUAACAUUCUCUGAAAUUUUGGUUGAACUCCACCGAAAAAUAAAAACGUUCAUUUCUGAGGGGAGGGGAGCCUUGAAAAUAUUACGUUUUUGUUAUUUGUCUCAUGUCUUAUUUGGCAUAUUAACUGUCAUAAAGUAUAUGUGUAUUCUAUUGUAUAUUGCGUUUUUGCUAUUAUGUAUAUUUUUCUUGUGUAGGUGAAACAGGUAUAAACUUUAUCAUUAUAUUUUCUAAAUUCUAGCAUUUAUUGUUCGAAAAAAAACUCAUUAAAAUGAGUUGAUUUUCAUUAUCCGUUUUUUGUAAAGAUGUGCAAUCAUAUUAUUCUGAUGAUAAAGGAUUAAAUACGUAACUGAAACUGAUGUCUUAAAUUUUUGCCAAAGUAUCAAUUUACCAAUCUGAAAAAUCAAAUACACCAUUUGGCCUGGUUUUGCCUGCAGGCAGGCCAGGCCAGGCUGAAAAAAAGUGGCCUGUUGGCAGCUCUGAAUCGCAUACGUUAUUCAAAUAAAGUUGCUCCUGAAUCAGUAUCAUUUGUUCUACAAGAAGAUGAUUAUGCAACUGCACAAUAUUCUCUGCAAAUGGAAAGAUUUUGUUCUCGAUGUAGUAUAGGGCGACAAAAUAUUACAGCGAAAUUUUGCUCAUCAUGUGGUCAUUGUUUCGAUAAAUAUUAACUACAGUAGUGGCCAAAGUUAUAAGAACAAAGUUUUUUUUUAUGUGUCAAUGUAUUUUCAUCUCCUCUUUCCUUGCGUAGAUUGAUCUAUCAGUUGGUGUAUAUACAUUCGAGUACUCGAAUGUAUAUACANAUAUACACCAACUGAUAGAUCAAUCUACGCAAGGAAAGAGGAGAUGAAAAUACAUUGACACAUAAAAAAAAACUUUGUUCUUAUAAUUUUGGCCACUACUGUAUUUACGUCUUUUUUUUACAUUCGCAGUUGAAUAAUUAAAUGAUUAUUUCGUCUUUAUAAAGCAUUUUUCUUGUAUUAUUUAUUAACCUUUUUUUUUAUAUACAUAAAAGAUUAUCAUUAUAAAUCUAAGUAAUAUUCGAAUAUGUUCGAAACAAUUUACAUAACUGACAAAUAAUAUUUUAACGGGAAAAAUUUUAAUCAAUCUCAAUAAAAUUUUAAUUGUAAGAUCAAUUAGUAUGUGAAAACUUGUUUUCAUUCUUUGAUGUAAAAUUUAGCAUAUAGUACUUUUAUAUACGAACAACUAUUUCUACGUUUAUCGAUAUUUUUAAAUUGUAAUGCAAUUAUUCAAAAUUAUUCAAGUUUAUGUUAUUUAUACUUUCGUAUUUGUUGCACGAAUUUCUUAAUUUAUGGUACUCAAAGUGACUAUCGUUUAUCGAUGAAUACAAUCUGAACAUAUAGUUAAGACUGUUUUUCUUUGUAUGUUAUUGACUGUUCUUAUUGUAAAGACAUUUAAUAAUUAGCGAUGAUUCAGGUAAUAUCAUACCUGUAUCUUUGCCACUUGGUAAAAGGAUGGAAUGAAAGAUCAGGAUAGACAUCAUUAGUAUCGAGGUAUAUUUUCGACAAUAAACAAAACAGUCGAAUUCAAAUAUGUUUCUAUUCUCUUUUUUUCAUUUACUGAAAAUCGCCUUUUAUCCAAAUGAGAAAAAGCAAAAUAAAUGUUAAGAUGGCUGUAUAUCAAUAUUGCACAUCCAAUAUUCGAAAUAGUUGACAACGAAGGAGUAUAUGGGACAUUUCCAUCUUUUAUUUGAAUUUAAUUUUUUAAAAGAGUUAUUUGAUUGAGUAAGCUCCUUUUGCGCAGACAUAUACAAAAUAUUGACUCAUUUAGCUGGUUACUUAUUCAAAAAAAAAGUAAUUGGUGAAUAUCUCUCUAACCAUACGAGACAAAAUUCGAAAACUUCAGGAUAGACUUGCAGGCAAGAGUUGCAUCCAUAAUGAAACUUUCUGCAAGAUUAGACUACAAAAAAAACGAUUUUCUAGAGAUUCCAUCAAAUCUCGAAGCAAUAGUUUUUGUUCUAUCAUCGUUUAGAUAUUUUGAAGAAGGAUUUGUUUUGCUUCGAAUUUGUUUUUAAUAUCUCAUUCGGUUAUUAGAGCGUUUUUUCGUUUGUAUAUUCGUAUAUCGUCCCAUCACUAACAAAUGAUUUCCCCCGUAUACAUAAUUGAAUUCGAUUUCCUCAGUUCAAGUCUUUUAAUUUUUCCUUUAAAAACAAAAUCUCGAGAUGAUUUUUUUGAAGAGCGAACUUCUAGCAAGCAAAAAUUUAGAUUUCGAAAGUGAAUAACAUUCAAGAAAGUCAUAGAAAGCUCAUUUGAAAAGUACCAUAACUAAUUUUCCACAUAUUAUUCUAUAUUAACUUUUCCGAAGAAACUCGAACUCGUAUAGAAAGAAGAUUUUGUAAUGCUUCAAUCUAAAUGCAAAAAGAAAAAUUAAAUUUCCAUAAGAAAAAAAAAUUAAAAAUUUGCUAUCUUACUUGGUCCUCAUUCUUCUUUCCAGCAUGAUCUCCAUCUUGUUAAAAAAUAUUAUAUUCUAACAGAGAUUUCAGUAAUUUGAAUUUUCAAACUAAUGAUUAUUUACAAUUUUAAUUCACUUUUGCCAUGCAUAGAAUUCUAAUUGUAUCGUCAUCAUGUUUUUAUUUCAUGGCAUUUUAUUAUGUUGGAAAAAACAUUCUUUCAAAAUCCUUUUGUUUUCACUUUGGACAAACUUCCUUUUUUCAGCGAAUACCAUCAAGUUUGUAUAGCAAAACGUGAUUUUUUCUUUGAAUAUGUGCUUGUUUGUUCAGUACAUUCGUCUACGUUCAUUUUUUAGUCAGUUAAAGAACAAACGACGGUCCUGUUGAUGCAUUUUUUUUUCUUUCUCUUAUCCCAUUUGCAACAAGUUAUUAUGAAGAACCUAAAAAAUCCUUUUUGUAUAGACAUCUUAUAAAAAUCUCAUCGAUGUUUACUCAAUCAUGAGUAACGCGAGAAAGUACUGUCAGUUAAAUAACAUCAUCCAUGAGUUAAAAACAUCAGCGAGAAAAUGAAGAAAAUAGUUGCACAGUACCAAUCAAAGAUUUAUAUUCGGUGUUUUGUCACCACUGUUAAUCAUUACUUCGAAACGAAGAAAUGAAAUUAACAUGCAACAGUGUCAUGAUUAUAUUUUGGGUGGUGCUGCUAUUAUUUUUUGUUCAACCAAGCUACCAAUACAUUUAUUCAUGUAAUUCAAGUGCACCAUGUGGAUGUUCGUCUAAUGCAGCAUCCGUUACUCGCAUUGUUGGUGGGAAAUCAGCAGGAACAAGCACUUGGGGUUGGGCUGUGUCUAUUUUAUAAGUGGUACUUCAUUAUGUAGUGGAGCUAUUUUGUCAAGUUCAUGGAUUAUUACAGCAGCACAUUGUGUAUAUGGAAUCUCAGCAUCACAAGUAACUGUCUAUGCUGGCUCGAAUACUCGAUUUUCUGGUCAAUCUCGAGUUGCAUCUAGUAUUACUGUACAUCCAAGUUAUGUCAGUAGCACUAAGAUAAAUGAUAUUGCUCUAAUACGGCUCAGUACUCCAUUAACAAUGUCAAGUUCGGCAGUGAAUAUUAUAUGUAUUCCAUCUAUAAGCUCAGUUACGCUAUCCGCUGGUGAAUGGCCACCAGCUGACUUAUCUGUUGUGGCUGUAGGAUGGGGUACGUUAUGGGAAGGAGGUUCAUUGCCAUCAACUCUUCAACAAGUAACCGUUAAAACCGUUGACUAUCGUGGAUCUACUUGUAGUUCUGUAUUGAAUAAUCGGCUAGUGCAAUUUUGUGCUGGUGUUUCUGGUGGUGGUAAAGAUACAUGCCAAGGUGAUUCUGGUGGUCCUCUAAUGAUGUUUACAACAAGUAGUCAAUGGGAAUUAGUUGGUGUGACUAGCUAUGGUAUUGGAUGCGCACGUGCGGCUUAUGCUGGUGUUUACACUCGCGUAGCUUAUUAUCAAGAUUGGAUAAGAAUAACGACAGCCGGUACAUAUACAAAUGCUACUUCAUCGACCUCAGCAGGUAUAGAUCCUUCGUCAUCAACUACACUAAGAACUAUUCAUCUAUUGUCUAUUUCUCAUUUACUAUUUCUUCUUCUUCUCCCACUCAUGGAGUACCGGUGAGAAGUAAAAGCUUGUUUUUAUUUUAAUACUGAAGAAAAAUGUUUAAAUCUUCUUUUCAAAGUUGAUUACUCAACAGCAUAUUUUACUGAUCGAUUCAGCAUUAUGAAUACUUCGCGUAUAUUGUUUAUAGACAUUAUGCAAUAGUACACAAAUUCGGGAAUAAAAAGCAAAACACUUUUUAUACCGUCUUCAUGUUAAUCAUCUCAAACUUGAAAAAAAGGCGUCAUUAUAAGUGAAAUCAUUCUGUAUCCCGUCAUAAAAUUCAAUUUUAUUUUAUCUGUUUCGUCAUUUUGAUUGUCAGAAGUCUUUGACUGAUAAAAUUAGACCUUGUAAUUCCUUAUACUUUGCCACAUCUAAUGUAAUUUUUUUUAUGACGAGGGACAGCAAUAGUAAAUUGUUGAAUCGCUUAUCUGUGAGAGCACAACACUCGAAAAUCGACCUGUUCGAGUUUUUGAAAUCUCAUUUGUAGCAAUACAGGCGCUUGGAAAAUAUCAGCUUUGUAACAUAUUUCUUAUACGUCAGUAAAAUUAGCCCGGCAUUCGGAUUUUUCUCGAAAACAUUCCUGAAUGAACUUGCACCGAAAAGAUACUAGUUGCUGCAGAUGGUGCACGGAAUCUACUUUC